AUGCAGGACCAAAAACCGCAUAAUAACUAUCCAACGGCGCAAAAUCUUAGAGGUAAUUGUACCCUUGCACCCUACCGCACCGGAAAACUCCCGUCUCCCUUAUCCUGCGCACUCCGCCACCGCCACUGUGACCACAAUGGCGGAAGUGCCCGAAACCAAUCCCCCACCGCCGGACCCUCCAAUCCCCUCCGCACCGGACGCCGCGGAGGAAACGGCUCCGCCGGCUGCAGCAGAAUCGCAUCGCGGCUCGAGCACCGAUAUCGUCGCCCUCCGGCGUUAGCUCUGAAGCGGCAACGCCGUUAUGGUUUUAAUAUGCCCUCUUUAACUUAUGUUUUGAAACAUGGUGAUGAUCCAUUGUUUGGGUUGAGUAAUAUUUGUGGUGUCACGUGUGUGGCGCGUGGAAUUGAUGAAAUUGGGGGCGGUGUGUGA